AUGACUAUUGUUGGAGGUAACGGGGAUGGGGAUGCCACUAAUCAACUCUACUGCCCUCAAGGUCUCUUCGUUGAUGAUGAUCAAACAGUGGUUAUUGCUGACUGGAGGAAUAAUCGUAUCAUGCAAUGGAAGAACGGUGAUACAACGAAUGGACAAGUUGUUGCUGGUGGUAAAGGCCAAGGAAAGGGAUUACAUCAAUUGGCUUUUCCAACUGAUGUUUUAAUUGACAAAGAGACGGAUAGUCUCAUUAUUGCUGAUGCAGCGAAUAAACGAGUUGUACGAUGGUCUCGUCGUAGUGGUACAACACCAGGUGAAAUACUCAUCGACAACAUCUCUUGUUAUGGAUUAGCAAUGGAUGAACAGAGAUAUCUCUACGUCUCUGACUACGAAAAACAUGAAGUAAGACGAUAUCAAUUGGGCGAGAAGAAUGGCACUCUUGUAGCUGGUGGUAAUGGAAAAGGUGAUGGUCUCAAUCAACUCAAUUUGCCGACAUAUCUCGUUGUCGAUCGACAACAGAAUGUCUAUGUAUCAGACAACAGCAAUCAUCGUGUAAUGAAAUGGAAUAAAGGCGCAAAAGAAUGUAUUGUGGUUGCUGGAGGACAAGGCGCAGGAAGUGCUCUGACACAAUUGUGUCGUCCUAAUGGAAUCUUCGUUGAUACAAUGGAUACACUCUAUGUAGCAGACUUGGGGAAUCAUCGUGUAAUGCGUUGGACUCAAGGAGACAAGAAACAAGGCGCUGUAAUUGUGGGUGGAAAUGGUUCAGGAGCAGGAGAAAAUAAGUUCAGCGGCCCCGUUGGUUUGUCUUUCGAUCGACAUGGUAAUCUCUAUGUCGCGGAUCGUGAUAAUGCUCGUGUUCAACGAUUUUCUAUCAAAUAA